CUCCAGGAAGGGGUGGAGUCGAGGUGAGAGGGUGAAACGCUUAAAUGAAGAAUGGGUUUUGGAAUUUGGGGGCGCUGAAGAAAUAGGGCCUUUUAGCCUGCGGGCCCAGGCAGUCGACACCGUGGAGCCCGGGCAGACCUGGAACCUACCGCUGAAUAAAUCCAGUCCAGGGUGCGGCGACUCACUGGCUUCAUGGGGUCCAAGCAGCCGCUGGGGUCUUCGCUGUCUCGCGAGGAGGGUGAAACGCCCCGGCCUGCUCCUGCUGCUGAAGGUAGGCGGCGAAGUCGCCGGGUACGCCUCCGCGGAUCCUGCCGCCACCGACCCAGCUUUUUGGGCCGUCGGGAGCUUGCUACGAAUGCCCCAGCCGGGUCUGCGCCGGCAUCUUCCGAGAUAAUGGCAUCAGCUGCUAAGGAAUUUAAAAUGGACAACUUUUCACCUAAAGCUGGCACUAGCAAAUUGCAACAGACAGUACCAGCUGAUGCAUCUCCCGAUUCUAAGUGUCCUAUAUGCUUGGAUAGAUUUGAUAAUGUAUCUUACUUAGAUCGCUGCUUACAUAAGUUCUGUUUUCGCUGUGUACAGGAGUGGUCAAAAAACAAAGCUGAAUGUCCAUUAUGUAAGCAGCCUUUUGAUUCUAUUUUCCAUUCUGUGAGGGCAGAAGAUGACUUCAAGGAGUAUGUCCUAAGGCCUUCAUACAAUGGUUCUUUUGCCACACCUGAUGGUCGACGAUUUCGCCGUAGUCUAAAUGCUGUUUAUGUACCUAGCAGUACCAUGAAUAGAAGAACAACAACUCCACCAGAUAGUGGAGUACUAUUUGAAGGGUUAGGCAUUUCGACAAGAUCUAGAGAUGUUGAGAUGCCUCAGUUUAUGAGACAGAUUGCAGUAAGGAGGCCAACUACUACAGAUGAAAGAUCUUUGCGGAAAAUUCAAGAACAAGAUAUUAUUAAUUUUAGACGAACUCUCUAUCGUGCUGGUGCUCGAGUUAGAAAUGUUGAAGAUGGUGGCCGCUAUCGGGAUAUUUCAGCUGAAUUUUUUCGUAGAAAUCCAGCUUGCCUGCACAGAUUAGUCCCAUGGUUAAAACGGGAACUUACAGUUCUUUUUGGAGCUCACGGAUCUUUAGUAAAUAUUGUCCAGCACAUCAUCAUGAGUAAUGUUACUCGCUAUGAUUUGGAGAGUCAGGCAUUUGUAUCUGAUCUAAGACCAUUUUUACUUAAUCGAACUGAGCAUUUUAUACAUGAAUUUAUCAGUUUUGCCCGCUCUCCGUUUAACAUGGCAGCCUUUGACCAGCAUGCCAAUUAUGAUUGCCCUGCUCCUGCAUAUGAAGAAGGCAGCCAUUCUGAUUCUUCAGUCAUAACAAUCUCUCCAGAUGAGGCUGAGACCCAGGAGUUAGAUGUUAAUGUAGCCACUGUUAGUCAGGCACCAUGGGAUGAUGAAACUCCAGGACCAUCUUACUCAAGCUCAGAGCAGGUACAUGUCGCUAUGUCUUCCCUUUUAAAUACUUCUGACAGUUCAGAUGAAGAACUUGCCACAGGCAGAGCUACAUCUCAGAUACAAGGAUUACAAACCAAUGAGGACUUAAAUAAUGACAGUGAUUCUUCGUCAGAUAAUUGUGUCAUUGUUGGUUUUGUUAAACCACUAGCUGAGAGGACCCCAGAACUUGUUGAACUGUCCUCUGAUUCUGAGGAAAUAGGCACUUAUGAGAAAGUAGAGACAGUGAAGACACAGGAACAAGACCAGUCUUACAGUUCUGAUGAUAGUGGUGACAGUAGAUGUUCAUCUCCACACUCUGUCCUUGGAAAGGAUGAGCAAACAAAUAAAGGUCAUUGUGAUGCUGAUACAAGAAUCAAAUCAAAGAAGGAAGAAAAACGAUCUACAUCAUUGUCAUCCUCCAGAGAUCUAAGCUCAUCUAUGAGAGGAGACAGAGUAUAUUCUCCAUAUAACCGUAGACACAGGAAGAGGGGAAGAUCAAGAAGUUCAGAUUCACGUUCCCAGAGUAGAAGUGGGUAUGAUCAGAGGAAUCACAGAAAGCAUCAUGGGAAGAAAAGAAUGAAAAGCAAAAGAUCCAGAAGCAGGGAAAGUAGACCAAGGGGAAGAAGAGACAAAAAGAGAUCAAGAACUAGAGAUAGCAGCUGGUCAAGAAGAAGCCAAACUCUGUCCCUAAGUAGUGAAAGUACAAGCAGAUCAAGGUCUCGUAGUAGUGAUCAUGGUAAAAGAUCACGGAGCAGAAACAGAGAUCGAUAUUAUUUAAGAAAUAAUUAUGGAAGCAGAUACAAGUGGGAGUAUACUUAUUAUAGUAGAAACAAAGAGAGGGAUGGCUAUGAAUCAUCUUACAGGAGGAGGACUCUGUCCAGAGCUCAUUAUUCUAGACAAUCUUCAAGUCCAGAAUUUAGAAUUCAGUCCUUUUCUGAAAGAACAAAUGCUAGGAAGAAAACUAAUCACAGUGAAAGGAAAUACUACUACUAUGAGAGGCACAGAUCAAGGAGCCUGUCUAGUAACAGAUCAAGGACUGCAUCUACAGGGCCUGAGCGAGUGAGAAAUGAAAAACCUGGAGGAAAACGAAAAUAUAAAACACGGCAUUUGGAGGGUACCAAUGAAGUGGCUCAACCAUCGCAUGAAUUUACUUCUAAGGUAAAGGCCAGUCAUUACCAAAAAUCUUCAUCAAAAUUGGAUGGAAACUAUAAAAACGAGAGUGACAGUUUUUCAGACAGCCGAUCAUCAGACAGAGAUACAAAACACAAGAGGAGAAAAAGGACCCGGAGCCUAAGUGUAGAGAUAGUUUAUGAAGGAAGAGCUACUGAUACAAGCAAACAUCAUAAAAAGAAAAAGAAGAAACACAAGAAGAAGCAUAAGAAACACCAUGGAGAUAAUACUUCACGUUCCCCAGUUGUAAUUACCAUUGACAGUGAUAGUGAUAAGAAUUCUGAAGUAAAAGAAGAUGCAGAAUGUGACAACAAUGGACCUCAAGAACCUUUGCAAAAUGAGUUCUUGGCUCCUUCCUUGGAACCGUUUGAAACUAAAGACAUAGUUACAAUAGAAGACGAAUUUGGUGUCCUGGAUAAGGAGUGUGAUAUUACCACACUUACUAACAAUUUCAGUGAUGCCAACAAAACUGUAGAUCAUAUUCCACUCCCUGCAGCUUCAGUUGAACAGACUCUCGAUGUAAGAGAAGAGAGCACCUUUACCUCUGAUUUGGAGAACCAGCCUGAUAAUGUUGUGUCUAUUCAGACUGAGCCAACAAGGCAAUUGCCAUCUCCACGGACAUUAACGUCAGUGUUUCUUGGUAGAGACUGAGAUAUAGCUGAAAACUGCCAAAGCAUUUCAUUGAGAAUUCUGGUGGUAUAAAAAGGACAAAAAGGAACAAUGUCAUCAAUUACAGUCUAUUUAAAGAUGACUUUUGUUGAAAAUGUUUUUUCCCCUUAAAAUAUUUUAAGUGAUUUUUUUUUGGUGUUAAUUUGUAAAAAAUAUUAUUUGUUCAAAAAGUAUGUAUGUCCCACCCUCAGAGAUAUGCACUUUUAAGUGAAGAAAGUGAUAUUGUUAGCAGUUUAUUUAAAACUUGGGAUCUUUUUAAAUAAAAAUAUAAAUUUUAGAAGUUAUUUCAUAAAGCCAUAUGGUAUUGACAUAUUUUUGAGGUAACCAAUGAG